UUUCUCAUGUAAACUUUCCAUUAAUUCUUCCUCAACGAUGAAUGACCUCGUUCGGUAAUCGAAUAGUUAGAUACCGCUCUGUAGUAUUGGGUUUAAACCUCGCCGGAGAAUCCAAAACAUAUGCUCAGCUCCACAGUCCAUCUCAAGCCAACUCUAGUCAAAUUGACUCCUGAGUCCUGACUCCACAAAUCUCAGGAGUAAAAAUUUCCACCAACAAAAAUGUUGUUGCGAAGAUACAAUUCCCCAUAGGAAUUUUCAAUUUUGAUACUUUCGUAAAGCUUCAAUCCAAUUAGGUGUAUUGCAGAGAUUUUGAAUUCGCUUAAUUUCUGCAAAACCAAAACCAGAACCCAAUGGCGAUGUCCAAUUCAAUCAUGUGGGUAUCUGCAAAACCCCUAUUUUCCAACACAUUUCUCCAAAACCCUAAACCCCUUUUGCCCCAAAUCUCACCCCAACCUCUCCAUUCUCGAUCUUCAGCAACCCGCUGCGGUCUGCGUAAGCUCCGAGGCCGAAUCGAUUCCAUAAAAAAUACCCAGAAAAUCACCGAAGCCAUGAAGCUCGUGGCGGCUGCCAGGGUUCGAAGGGCCCAGGAAGCAGUUAUCAAUGGCCGACCCUUUGCUGAGACGCUUGUGGAGGUCCUGUACGACAUCAAUGAGCAGCUUCAGUGUGAAGACAUUGACGUCCCUCUCACAAAUGUUAGACCCGUCAGGAAAGUUGCCAUUGUCGUCAUCACAGCCGACCGAGGCCUCUGCGGCGGCUUCAACAACUCCGUGGUCAAAAAGACCGAGGCCCGAAUCGCGGAAUUGAAGAAACUUGGGUUGGAUUUCACUCUGAUCAGUGUUGGCAAAAAGGGUAACUCGUAUUUCAUGCGUAGGCCUGAGAUUUGUGUUGAUAGGUUUAUUGAAGGUGGGUUGUUUGCAACAGCAAAAGAGGCUCAGGUCAUUGCUGAUGACGUUUUUUCGCUGUUUGUUAGCGAAGAGGUUGAUAAAGUUGAGCUUGUGUACACUAAAUUCGCGUCGUUGGUGAAAUCCGAACCGGUUAUUCAUACAUUGCUUCCAUUGUCGCCGAGGGGAGAGGUUGUUGAUGUGAAUGGGAGUAGCGUCGAUGCAAUGGAGGAUGAGUUCUUUAGGUUGACAACUAAAAAAGGCAAACUGAGUGUGGAGAGGGAGAGUGUGAAGAUAAAGAGGGAAGGGCUUUCGCCGGUUAUGGAAUUUGAACAAGACCCUGUUCAGAUCCUUGAUGCCAUGAUGCCUCUCUACUUGAACAGCCAGAUUCUGAAGGCACUACAGGAAUCAACAGCAAGUGAGCUCGCAGCGAGAAUGAAUGCUAUGAGUAAUGCCACUGACAAUGCAGUCGACUUGACGAAGACUCUUUCGAAUGUUUACAAUCGGCAACGACAGGGAAAGAUUACAGGUGAGAUAUUGGAGAUUGUUGCUGGAGCUGAGGCACUCAAGGAGUUUGAGUAAUCGCGGGAUAUUCCUCGUUCUUUGUUCAGUUUUUGUGCCACAUUGUUCAAGAUAAAACAAAAGCAGAUCCCGUUAUUUGUGAAUUGGAAUUGUUGGCAGGAUUGGAGCUUCAUAUGUGAAUCAUAUAUUUCCAUCUUCUA